AAUGCUGGAUUUUGCAGUGGUCACACGGUGGUCGGUUCUCGAGAGGAUGAAAAUUUUCUUCGCUGUAGUACUGGCUGGGUUGGUAACGUUGGUUCACGGGAUGGACAGUUCGGCGUCGGCGUUGGUAUCGGAGAGCAUCGAGUUGGCCUUGACCAGCUGUCGCAGCCAGUUUCGCUGGGAACGCUGGAACUGCCCGACGAUACAGUUCCUGACGAAACGUAAUGCGGCGGGCUCCUUGGAUCGGGAAGCGGCCUUCGUGCGGGCGAUUAGCACGGCCUCCUUGAUCUACACGUAUGCAAGAAACUGCUCACGUGGGACCAGCUACGGAAGUUGCGGUUGCAACGACAUGUCUCAAAACUGGGAACGAUGCAGCGUUCAGCAGCAGCUCCAGCAGGAUCCUCGCGAGCUAAGCUGGAAGCUGGACGCUAAAGGGUACGGAAAUGCCCACAAUCGUAGGGCCGGUUGGUUGGCGGUGCAGAAUGCCGUUCGGAAGAACUGCCGGUGCCACGGAGUGUCCGGAUCGUGUGCCAUGCGCACGUGUUGGAGCACGAUGAACUCGUUCGGACUGAUCGCGACCGGGGUGAAGCAGAUGUACGCCGAAGGUGUGCGGCUUUUUGUGGACAAUUCGGGCAGGUUGAACAGUCGGAAAAUACGACCGGAUCAGCUCGCUUUUACUCACGUUUCUCCGGACUACUGCCAGCGGGACAUUUUGUCCGGAUGGCCCGGAAUGGUCAAUCGGCCGUGCUCAAUGGCACGGGGAGAAAAUGUUUCCGAGGACGAGAGGAAAUCGUGUCGAAAGUUAUGCCGGCAGUGCGGGCUAAAAGUUCGGCCCCAUACCAAGAUGGAGACCCGGAAGUGUAACUGUCGGUUCACCUGGUGUUGCCGCGUGGUUUGCGAUAGCUGUGUGGAGCUAGUUGAAGAAUAUCGGUGUCAGUUAAAUUAAAAGGGUUUUAAAGUAGCAAAGUGCAUAAAUUCAAUAAAAUUUUAUCGAAUCUUAACAUAUUUUUUAAAAGUUUUCAAGGCAAGGCAAGGCAAAA